CUCCAACGUGAUCCCCAACAUGUGGGCAGACGAUUUCCCAUCAGGUGUAUCCAAAAUUUGUAGAUCAUGUACAAAACCAUUUAUAACACCAUGAAAAGGAGGCCAAAAGUGCCAAUGUUUUGGAUAUGUUUCAUAACCACAACCACCGGAUUCAUAUAUAUCCUCAGUCUCAAAAUCGUUUUGUGAGGUUGGGUCUAUGGGAGAUAUGUUUUGAAGGCUACAUGUCAAAAGAAGUAGGAAAUCACAUGUAUUUUGGGUGUUUCUACCUGUUUGAUGGGAAGAUGCUCCCUUUAUGGUCAAUCAUCUUCAGAGCUUGGUUCAUUGCUUGUCAAACAUCCUACACCUGCAGCUUUUUGACAUACAUCCUAGCCCAGUGCACUAUAUUGACUCAAGCUGUAAGGUUGGUCUCUUUCCGCGGCUCGCGCGCUGUCUUGUGCACAAUGGUGACUUUGUCACUUAACUGUAUUUUGACUUUAGUUAGUCUAAUAACAAUGGGUGUAGGUGUGGAUACAGAGCAGAAGAUUGAGAAGUCUGUGAAGAAUCCUUGGUUAGAAGAUCUUGGUCAAAACUCAUUAUCUUGGUCAUAUGGUUUGGCUGCAGUUUCAAUCUUUCCUAGUUGGCUUACAGUAAUACUCUUAGGAUGGUUUGUUUAUCCUAAAAGAUCUCCUUGUGGACUGUUAUCAAUCUCAGCUUGGGAAUGGCCAACACUUGAUGACUUACAAUGUCGUUAUCAUAUAAAAGAUUUGCAAACACCUAAAAUAUCAGCAUUUUCAAAUCCUCAAUCAUCAUGUUGUAUCACAGGAUCCGGUGAUCAUUCAUACCCCUAUCUGUCUCGUCGGUCAGAAAUCACAUCCAAUUUGACUGCGAUUAACCAAUCGAUAGAAUCAAAUAAUAAUAAUAAUAAUAUUCUUCGUAAGCCAAAAUUAUUCCAUAAAUCACGUGUUCAACCGGAAUCUUCAGCUAUGAUAAGACAGGAUCAAGGUUCUCUAUCAGAUAUUGGUGGUAAAUUAAGCAGUUAUGAUCCACGUUCAGCUGAUACUGUAUCAUUGUCAUCGUAUGAACAACUACCGUUCAACAUGUUAUAUAAUCAACCAAAAUGUAUAAAAAUGGGAGAAUUCACUUCAGUUAUAAAUUCUAAUGUGUAUAAUUCUAUCCAUAAUCAUUCAUUAUCAAAAUCAAACCGAUUUAAAUUAUUAUCAUUAUCAUCAAGAUGUAGAGAUCAAAAAUCUAACAUUCAAUGGUCAUCUAUAAAAGAGUGUACAGAUGAACAACAACAUAAACAACAUCAUUCUAAAACAUAUAGUCAUCAAAAACCACUUAAUUCGUAUAACUUAUUUACAAUUGAUCAACCUUCAUUAAGUAAUCCAGAUACUUCAAUAUGGACUGAAAAUGAAAUAUAUAGCAAAUCAAUUGACUAUAAUACUAUUUUUCAAGCUGCACGUCCAAUGAAAAGAAUCAAACAAGUUCAAACCGAUCAACUUAUAAAAAAACUUUUACCCUCUGAGAAUAUCAUCAACAUUUCACCGUUCUCUACAACUGUAAAUCAUUCACUAAUCAACAUUCAACCAAAUAAAUUUGUUCAAAUAGCUAAACCAAUGGUUCGAAAAAGAUAAGAAAGCAGAUGUCUUAGAUAAAUAUACAUGGGUAAAGAAUCAUUGAAAAUAGAAUUGCUUUGUUUAUUCCCUACCGUCACCCCAUUUCUGUUGAGACAAUCAUUUCAUCAAUUCACGCUUGACUAAUUCACUUUUUUAUUAUUUUAUUCACGUAUAGAAAUGUUCAAAUGUUUUACUAAUUGAAACAUUGAUUUCUGUAUAAUUUUUCAUUAUACAAUUGAAUAUUGAUAUUGAGUUGUUGUUUUUAAGAUAAAUUUUUAUGAAUGUUAUAAAAUUUUCAUUGUAUACAUUAAUGAAAAUGAUUGGAAUUGAGUAGAAAAGUCUUGUUCAUAUUCGAACAGUUAAAAUGAUGAUUAAGUCAUUGGUAUAAGAGAUUUUUUAUAUGAUACAGUCGUUGAUUGGACCGAAUUGAUCUGUCUCUGUUGGUAUACGGGCUCCUGUGCGGAUGCGUCGAUAUUGCCAGCAAUCUAAUUACGUUAAUGAUGGAUCGUGGCUAGCAGUGAAAUCUAGAAUGCGUAUUUCGUCCUAUUUGGGACUAACCAGUCAGCUGGAUGUAUCUGCUUCCCAGUGAUUGAUGUUGUUCCCAUCGGGAUUCGGAAACGAUCGCUUCAAACGCCAGCGCGUUAUCCACUACACCAUCGAGCCACGAUAGCCACUUCUUGUGUGACGGGUAUAGUUUUUAGUAUAAGGGUUUUUUAUAUGAUACCGUCGCUCCCGAGUCCGAAUUACAGUGGGAACAACAUCACCCACUGGGAAGCAGGUACAUCCAGCUGACUGGUGAGUCCCAAAUAGGACGAAAUGCGCAUCCUGGAUUCCACUGCUAGCCACGAUCCAUCAUUAACAUGAUUAAGUCAUUGGUUUAUGGAGUUAACUUUCAACCAAUAGGUUCUUUUCCAUUAGAUGUGUUUUUUUUUUGUGUCACUCGAGUACUAAUAAGAUAACGAGAUUACGAAUAGGCAUCGGUUUGUCUCAUGAUCCUUCCUAAUCCUUACAGAACUGUUCAGUGAUUCCUACUAUACAACUUAAUGGUACGUAUAUAUCAUGUAGUUCACAAGAGCUGGUCAUUGAGUCCCCUGAAUUUUGAAGAUUCAAUAUUAUGGUCAACUGAGGUCAAUUUAACAACCACACCCAAGUCAAAUAAACGUGUCUCAGAGACACAGCAUACAUGCAUAGCUAGAGAUUCCAGGGUUUUGGCGAGCGAUGCUUGCUAUCCGAUUUGGCAUGCAGUUCGAACGUUGAAAGCUCUCACAUGAAAUCAAUAGUGAGAAUAGGAAUGAAGAUUCCAUGACUUUAAUCGUUCGCAAUGGUCUCAGAAUGAGAGGUUAGGUAAGGUGUAAGAGGUGUAGUAUUGGUAUCCGGAGGUGAGGGGCACAAUUGAGGAGGAUAGGAAGUGUUUGAUUGGGUCUCGUGUACUAUUGAAAGCUUUCAGGCAGCUGACACCUCUCGGCUGACCACACUGUGGAAGGCUAUUUUUUCUGAAGAUAUCUGAAAGAGAAAAAGAUUUGUGUGACAGCAGGGCCCAUGGGAUAUCUGCUUGAGUAUGAAGUAAAUAAGAAGGUUUCAUAUGACUGAUUAAGAGCCAUGUCAAAGCCUUUCACACUUGAUCGUCAGGGUUUCAUUAUCAAGCAUCCUGAAAUCAUCAGUGUUUCCUUCAUAAACAAGUCUCUUCUAAAUGAAGUUAGUACUGAUGAUAUCACCAAACUUAGUGAUGAAAAGUAUGCGAGAAAAUGUCAAAGUUCGGAGGAGAUCAACCUGAGCUACAGAUCUCCGUCUUCAGAUGAGUGUAAGACUUGAGCACUGUGGUAGUAUGCGACGUUCCAUAUUAGAUCUGUGAUACAGCAUUAGUUACUGGAUAACGUUUCGAGCAUAAAUUAUGCUCAUACUCGCAUUAAUGUAAUCACAUAACCUUCGACAUCAAAGUCUUAUAGUCCUAUCACCUCAUAUUCUUUGCUCUUCCUGGUAGCAAUCCUCUAACUAAGAUAUGGUGGUGAUAUGCGGAUGAUACACUCACUGUGUUGUAAUCGAAAUAUAUCUACAGCUUUCUCAAACAUAUAAACUCAAUAGUAGUCCCAAUAAAAUUCACUUACGAGGAGGGAGAAAAUGAAUAAGGAGAAUUACC